AUGGCUGAGGACAAGGGUCAAAAUCCACAAUGCAAAAACAACAAGACAAACAGUCAUUUUACAACGGGUUCGAAGAACAGAGAAAGAGAUGUCGCAAAUUCCAACAUGGCCGCUACUGCAGGAAGCAAAAGAAAAGACUGGCCUGUCAUCCCUAGCCUGUUUGCUCGUCAACAAGGACUGUUAUCUCCUGGUUAUUUCACUAAAAGAGCCUCAGGUUCCACUGGACUUGUGCAAAGACUGAAACUUCAUAGCAAUCUAAAGUAUCACGAUGGCUGUGUCAAUACUCUGCACUAUAGCCCAACAGGGGAACUGUUAGCUUCUGGUAGUGACGAUCUUGAUAUAGUCAUAUGGGAUUGGGCCAAGAAAAAGAAAGUUCUUCACUAUGAGAGUGGUCACGCCAGUAAUGUUUUCCAGGCGAAGUUUAUGCCAUUUUCGAGUGAGUCAACCCUCGUCAGCUGUGCAAGAGAUGGCCAGGUAAGAGUCGGAUUCCUGUCCUCAACUGGCACAUCUAAAGGCACCAAGAAGUUGUCUCAGCAUCGGGGAGCAGCACAUAAGUUAAGCAUAGAGCCAGGAUCACCAUGGACAUUCUUUACGUGUGGUGAGGAUGGUGUGGUUUUCCAGGUCGAUCUCAGGGAGGACAAGGCACACAAACUGUUUUGCUGCAGAGCAUCUGAACACAAGAAAGUCCCUUUAUACACCAUCUAUGUCAACCCUUCAAACAUCAAUGAGUUUGCAGUAGGAGGAAGGGACCAGUUUGCACGGAUUUAUGACAGAAGGAAGCUACCAGAGGAUAGCAAGGUUAAUGCAGAACCUGUGAAACAGUACUGUCCACACCAUCUGCAGGACGGCAAUGACUUUUUUGCCAACAUCACCUGUCUGGUCUAUUCCCAUGAUGGUUCAGAGCUUCUUGUUAGUUACAAUGAUGAAGAUAUCUACUUGUUUGACUCAUACUCAAGUUCAGGAGCAGAGUUUGUGAAGCAGUACAAGGGUCACCGUAACAAUGCAACAGUCAAGGGAGUGAACUUUUAUGGCCCAGAGAGUGAGUUUGUAGUGAGUGGUAGUGACUGUGGACAUGUCUUUCUCUGGGAUAAGCAGACUGAGGAAAUAGUCAACUUCCUGGAUGCAGAUGCUACAGGCGUGGUUAACUGCCUAGAGCCCCACCCAAGUGCACCUGUGCUAGCGACCAGUGGGUUGGACCAUGACGUAAAGAUAUGGGUACCACUUGAGCCAUCGCCAACUGUCCUAGAUGGGCUGGAUAAGCUUAUGGAAAAGAAUACGAGUGACCGUGACGAUGACCGUUCUCGCCCUCACGAUCCCAUCAGCGAACACCUGCUUUACCUCAUGAUGCAUCACAUGCAAAGAAGAAGGCGAUCACGAGCAGCUGAUAAUGACAGCGACAAUGAUGAGGACUCCAGUGAAGAAGAAGAGGAUGAUGACGACGAUGAAGACGACGAUGGACAGUUUUCUGGGCGUGUCCAGUGUAGUCCCUCGUAGUCAAGACUACGCCCUCAACCCCACGAAGAUAUGGUCAUGUCCCUUGUAGGCUUAAAGUAUGGAAUCAGACCGUGUGGACUUGAGUAUGCCUUAAUAUGGUCAUAUUCCCAUGUAACAAGGACUAGCUCACUCUAACCAUGGUGCAUUAAUUUUGGCAGCCAUUUUAAUGGCAGCGAAGUUAAAAUAUUAGUCCAAUUUUUAAGCAACUGUUGCUUGUAAUUGUUAAGACUAAUAGUAGAAAUUCCCAUCGAAUAGUUCAUUUUUUUUUACCUAAUGAAAAAAACAUGCAAUGCGUUCUUGGUAUAUUUAGAUUGUCCCCUUAAAAUAUAAAGAUGUUAUCAGGAGAGGUCUUGAAUUUGCCUUUUGUUUGCUCCUGGUCAUAACUGGUCAAUGGUCACUUACAUGUAGCUCAUGUAGGAUAGUGAGGCUAUAGGUUUGUCGUAGGAAGAAUAGAUGCAAAAUUAGCUUGCGAAACUAAUGGUCGUGAAAGGUAGAAUGGGAAUCAUAGGCAUAAUAUUCGUGGUGUAAAUAGCACAGAGUUAAUAUAAUAUGUUUAUACGUAGGAUUGGAAAGAGGGUUUGCUUUUAUUUUGACAGCCGUUAGCAAAUUAGAACGAACUAAUUCAAUAACUGUAAAGAAUAGGUCCUUGGCCUUUCUCAAAAGGCGACUCGCGAAGUUGUAAACCGACAUAGUAGAACACGAGACUGUUGCUUUAGAUCAUUAUGUCUAUUACCUUUUACUUCCUCUUUAGCCCCUUCCCCUUCCUUAAUAUAGAAAAGACCUGUAAAAAUUGACCCAAAAUGGCCUAUUCUCCACUAACCACACUUGCACUCACUACACACACUCCAGCCUACACAAUUCGACGCGCGCUACCGUGGCCACCUCGACAGUUCAAUGAGAUAAGGUCAAAAGAGAAAUGUGCUGUCUGAUUGACACGGACUUUACCAGCCAAUCAGCGAGGCAAAGACGGAGUGCUUCCAGUUUAUGGAGUUCGUACCACAUUUGUAUUCUUGGGUUGCAGUCACGGCCAAGGUAGCGUGCGUCACAUGAAAGAAAUCUUGCUGGGAGAAUACUAUAGAUACUAACAAUAAAGUAAUUAGGAGUUUUGAUUUGCUGUUUCGUGUAAGUGAUAAAUGAACGGGAUAGAUGUGUAAUGGCUGUGUUAGCCAUAAAGAUUGUGGGGUACAAGAUUGAUACCCCCCCCGAAUCAUACCAUCUAAAGUUGCGUAUAGGUUUAGUUAUUGCGUAUGAAAUUAAGCCUCCGGAUCCAAGAUUUCUGGAAGCUUUGUAAAUAAUUGAAUAAAACUGUUGAAGGUAUUAUAUUGCU